UCUACGGGCUUCUAGCAGGUCAACGUCAUAGACCCCCCAAAACACCCCACACCAAACAAAAAGAGAUAGGUCCGCACACCGGACCUGCUCUAGUAUUAGAUACUAUGCUCUCAUCCUCCUCGCAACAUCAUCACCUCCCUCACUCCCACACUCAACCUCAUCACUUCUCCACUUCACCUUCAUCCACCCAGACCUCCUCCUACUACUACCCAGAAGACAACAACUACAACACAUCGCCUUCCAUCUACCACCCAGCUCCCACCCAGGCCUACCCACCUGCGAAGCGUGUCAAGGUCUACCCGAGCUUCGACUUCACAGAAAUUCCCUCCACCUUUGACUGCCCUCCUCUGGUUUACUCUAGCGUCAUGCCUCAGGCAGCUCCUCUCCCCAGGAACAUCGCUCCUCAGAUCAACCUUCACCGGGCAUCCGAGCCGGCUUCUCCCGUUACCAUCGCUACCACCCUGUCGACUCACUCUUCGCCAUCGCCGUCGCCGUCGAGGGUGACGAUCGUGUCGGACCACCACAAUUCCGCCGACUUCCCUCUGUACGAGGAGAGCUACCCGUUGAAGGAGCAUCAACUCAACAAGCAAAACGUCCUGCGCCCCCGGUUCGGUGCCAACACUUCGAAUCCCUCGCCCACCUUUCACGAUUCGCUGGUCGGUGAAUUGGAUCCGUCGUGGCCCCUUUGCACGCCGCAGUUGAUGGACUACGCCAAGUUGCAGCGAUCGCAGCAGCAGCAGCAGCAGCAGCAGCAGCAGCAGCAGCAGCAAUACUACCAGAACCAGAUGCCCGUCUUCCGCCACACUGAAGACGAAGACAUUCCCGAGCUGUCUCCUUCGCGGUGUUCGGCAUCCAGACCAUCCAUCUCCGAGCUCGACAUGCCUACCACCCCCGGACACUCGCCCGUGCACAGGGAAUCAAGCAGGUGUGCGCAGACACCGACAGCUCGUGAGCACGCCUUCAUUGCGCAUUGGAUAGACGGCUGCUUACCCCUUCAAUUAGAACACCACACUGGACCCAAGCUCAUGCGCACCGUCUCCGACGCCGAACAGGAUGAGCUCUUCAACCCCGGAAUGGCCCCUGGUGCGACGCGCUCGCAACCGGAACGCAUCGCGGACACGAAUUCGCAGUUGCCGACUCUACUGCAGCAGGCGCAGAGCCAGCACAUGGCACGCUCGACUCCGGUCAAGCCCACCAUGAUGGUUCGCGAUCACUCGCCGUUCAGAGCCAAUUCCCCCUUCCACCCCGCUCGCACACAACAGGAAAUUAUCCCGUCGCCCACCCGGACGACCGCUUUCCUGAACGUUGGUGCUUACACCACCGCACGGUCCCAGCGUGAGAAGAAUAUCGAGCGCGACGCGGAGGCUCUGAGGCAGCAGCUGCGAAAGGAGUACGAGGAGUUGCAGCAGACCCCCAAGACGAUCUCGCCCAAGGAUGCUUACCUCGAGUACGCCGAGCCCGAGAACAACAACGGCAUCCAGGGCGGUCUCUUCAGCAGCAGCCAGAACGAUGACGCCUACUCUCAGCACAGCAUCAAGAGCGAGAGCGACAGCGGUAGCUUUCACGGCGAUGACGAUAACGAGCAGAGUUACGACGAAAGCUUGGCUCCCGGCAGCCGCAGGGACAGUGACGUGAACAUGGACUACGGCAUGCCGAUCUACCACCACCACCACAACAACGAGAACACCCAGCAGCAGCAGCAGCAGCAGCAGCAGCAGUUCGGAGACCACCUCAACAUUCCCGGUUACGGGUGGGGUGACGAAUGCUCCAGCCAGGAAAGUUCGGAGGCUUCACGCCAUUCCGACUCAAACCACGAGCUAACAUCAUCACCGCUCCGCAAACCGGCCGACACCAUGGCCAAUGACGGCGCCUACUCCUGUACCGUGCACGGCUGCAGCCUGCGCUUCCCAACAGCCAGCAAGAUGUCCAAGCACCGACGAGAGGCACACAGGAACAACACGCCGUUGAGCCGUGAUGCACCCAUCAAGUCACUGCUCCAGGGACCAUCCCGUUGCGAGCGGACAAACCCUACCACCGGCAAGCCCUGCAACACCAUCUUCUCUCGGCCUUACGACCUCACUCGUCAUGAAGACACCAUCCACAACACCGCGCGCCAAAAGGUUCGGUGUGAGAUCUGCAACGACGAGAAGACCUUUAGCCGACACGACGCACUGACCCGACACAAGAAGGUUAAGCACGGUAUCGACAAAUAAAUCAUCGCGCCGGUGUUUUUUAUUUUAUUUAUUUCCUUCUUUCUUUUGGCUCGUCCAGGUUUCGCAGCAAGGAAGGGGAGGGUUUCGUCGAUCGGGGUAAUGGUGCGCCCUCGAAGAUGUGGAGUGAUCCGCAUCCGUCCUUCGCUAGUCUGCGGAUCGGCGCCGACCGUUGCUCCCAACCAC